UUACAAAAUGAAAAAGCGAGCAGAAUUUUGUGGGUGCAAAUCGAGAAUAUGCAAAGCUCAAGACUGAUUGAGGAGAAACGGGAUAGAAUCAAACGCAAGAGUACAGCCGAAGACUUUCAGUCUGAUAGUGAUUCUUUUGCGGAUUUAUUUACCGUUGGAAGUGAGGAGUCAUCAACUGACAUUCAAUAUCCUCCCAUUGAAAGUGAGGAGUCAUCAAGUGUACUGGAAAAUUUGGAGAAUAAGAAUCGUUUGGCUACUACAUACAAG